GCGCCUGCUCAGCCGCAUUUGUCGCCGUGCUCGCCUGCCGAGCUCCGCAAGCUGCGAAACAAGCAGCGCGAUGACUAUGCCAUGUCCAGGAUACUCGUCAGAGACAAAGCCCUGGGCAUCAAGCACCUGGCAAACCAAAAGCGCAGUGAGCAUGGCGUUGGUGGUAACCUCUGGGGUGCCGCACUCGUGUUGUGCCGAUUCCUCGCCUCCUCGUCGCGCCCCCCCGGGAGGUACCUAAAUGGUAAGCGCAUCCUGGAGCUUGGCAGCGGAACAGGAGCCGUUGGCCUUGCGGCAGCUUCACUGGGUGCAGAUGUGACACUCACUGACCUCCCACAAGUACUCCCUCUGACGGCUAGCAACAUGGCCGCGAACAGCCUAUGCUCGCCGGGCACUUCCUUGGCUUUGCUUGACUGGAAGGUGGUCGCGAACUGGCCAAAGGACGCCCUUCCCAACUACGACUUGAUUUUGUGCUCAGAUGUCCUUUACUGGUCUGAUGUGGUCCCAGAUCUCGCUGCAGUUCUUGGGCGCUUGCUCCAGAAUGGAAAGACGACCCUCCUUUGGUGUUGGGUCCGAAGCUUCCCGUCUUAUGUGAACGGAACUCAGGGUCUGCCGCGGUCGAAGGUCCAAAAGGUCCGAGGACUUCAGGUGCUUGUGGACUCACUGCAGCAUCAGGCGAUGAAGCAGACUUGCGUGUUGUCCGCCGGAAUCAGCGGCGCAGCUCAGACCAGCAUGUGGAACAUACUGCGCACAGAAGGACACGAGCAUGUGGCUCGUGAGCUCUGGAGGGCACUUGCUGCUCAGGGCAUCGUCGUGGGCCGUUUGCCUUUGGAGAGUGGCCUCCUGCAGUCCGAGGACUUUUGCCAUGUGAGCCGCCACGUCGAGGCAUUUGUGGGCUGUGCUCGCGGGGGUCAGCUCGACCAGGAUGUCGCCAAAGAUGCGAUGUGCAACUUCGUCGUUGAUGCAGACGGGUGUGUGAAGGGAGUGUAUUCACAUGCUUGUCCAAGCAGAUGA